CCCAAACCGAAAAUCGACCGAACCCAUCGGUUCUGUCUGUCUCUCUCUCUAUCUCGACAAGCCCUCAGGUGACUGUGAGAUCUCUGCAGUUUUCUCGCAUCAUCAUUCUCUCUACUGCUCUCUCCAUAGCACCAAAACCUCCGGGUUUCUCGCCCCCUUUCGGUCCGAUGAUUUACACGGCUAUUGACACCUUUUAUCUCACUGAUGAGCAGUUGACGAACUCACCUUCGAGGAAGGACGGGAUUGACGAAGCCACUGAAACCACUCUUAGAAUCUAUGGUUGCGAUCUUAUCCAGGAGGCUGGCAUAUUGCUUAAAUUGCCUCAAGCUGUCAUGGCUACUGGACAAGUUCUCUUCCACCGUUUCUAUUGCAAGAAAUCAUUUGCCCGCUUCAAUGUCAAGAAAGUUGCUGCUAGUUGUGUGUGGCUUGCAUCAAAGUUGGAGGAAAGCCCGAGGAAAGCCAGACAAGUAAUCAUUGUGUUCCAUAGAAUGGAAUGUCGAAGAGAGAACUUACCCAUAGAGUUCUUGGACCAUACUCUUAAGAAAUAUGCUGACUUAAAGAUGGAGUUGAGCAGAACAGAGAGGCACAUAUUGAAAGAGAUGGGCUUCAUUUGUCAUGUUGAACAUCCGCAUAAGUUCAUAUCGAACUACCUUGCGACCCUUGGAACACCUCCAGAACUGAGGCAAGAAGCUUGGAAUCUAGCCAAUGAUAGUUUGCGUACAACCUUGUGUGUCCGAUUCAAGAGCGAGGUUGUGGCAUGUGGGGUAGUAUAUGCUGCUGCUAGAAGAUUUCAAGUACCCCUUCCUGAAAAUCCACCUUGGUGGAAGGUGUUCGAUGCAGAGAAGUCGGGCAUUGAUGAAGUCUGUCGAGUUCUAGCACACUUGUAUACCCUUCCGAAGGCACAAUAUAUCCCAGUCUGCAAGGAUGGAGACUCAUUUACAUUUUCUAACAAGUCAUGGGAUUCACAAUCUCUUCCAGUCUCCAAGGAAGUUCCACAGAGUAGCCCAGCAGCCAACGACGAUGUUUCUGCUGUCAAAGUCACUCCAGGAACCAAUCCUGAAUCAGGUGGGUCCAAAGAUGAGUUGGUUAAGUUAGCCCUACACAAACUCAAGGAAUCUAAGAAGAGUGAUGAUGAAUCCAAGAGCAUUCCUUCAGAAGCCACUGCCAGGGAGGAGCUCGUGCCGAAAUCAAAAUCUGAUCGAAGAGCUGAUAUUGGUGGAGAAAGGAGCAAGGACAGAGAGAGGGACAGGGAUAGGGAAAGAGAGAGGGACAGAGACAGAACGAAGUCCCGAGAUCGGGAUAGGGGCCGGGAUUCUGACAGAGAACGUGAGAGAGAUGAUGCAGACAGAGACAAAGUCAAGGAUCGAGCUCAUCGAUCGAAGGAUAGAAGCAAGGAAUCAGGAGGGCAUUUGGAGAAACCAAGACACCACUCAUCGCGAGAUCGUGAUUACCAUGGCUUGUCUUAUUCUUCACGCGAUAAAGAUCGCCAUAGGCAUCAUUGAUACAACGGGAUCAGGUGAGCCCGGUGCCCGCUACACUUAAACUGGAAUCACGAGCUAGGUAUUGAUUUGCAUACUUUCUACUGAUGUACAUAUUGUGCCCCGUGCCCGCUACAAAUUCCAUCGACUCAUGGGGGAUGUUGUUGUACUAACAAAAGGUCACCGAAGCCCAUGUUAUUAAAAGUUAAUUUACGUUAACAUUUUUAUGAAGUUAUUAAUACUUAUUAUAGCUACAA